CCUACUUCAUUUCCUUUCUUUCUUCCCUUAGCUGUGACGGUGCAACAAUAAUCGGUCGUCCCGAAUCGGGUUCAUCCGACACCAUCACCAAUCAAGCCGAACUGAGCUCAACCUCGAUACCAAUAUGCCUCCCAAAUUCGACCCCGGCGAGAUAAAAGUUGUGUACAUGAGAUGCACAGGAGGAGAGGUUGGUGCCACAUCAGCCUUGGCCCCCAAAAUUGGACCCCUGGGUCUUUCUCCCAAGAAAGUUGGUGAUGACAUUGCCAAGGCCACCAGUGACUGGAAAGGCCUGAGGAUCACCGUGAAGCUGACUAUCCAGAACAGACAGGCAGCGAUUGAGGUGGUUCCGUCUGCCUCUGCGCUUAUCAUCAAAGCGCUGAAGGAGCCCCCUCGUGACCGGAAGAAGGUCAAGAACAUCAAGCACAGCGGAAGUGUGACCUUCGAUGACAUUUUGGGUGUUGCUCGCGCCAUGCGGCCUCGUUCCAUUGCUAGGGAGCUGUCUGGAACCAUCAAGGAAAUUUUGGGUACAGCUCAGUCUGUUGGCUGCACCAUCGAUGGUCGUCCUCCUCACGAUGUCAUUGAUGACAUCAACAGUGGCAAAAUCGAGUGCCCAUCUGAGUAAUAAAAUGUUGGAAAUUGAA